AUGCAAUCCGACCUCUAUGCUGUAGCAGACUUCUGUCUCAUCCCAAUGGGCACCGGUGAAUCUUCUGUCGCCGAGUACAUCGCCGAGUGCCAACGCGUGCUCGAAAAAUUGGGUGUUUCGUACAAGAUGCACGGUUACGGUACAAAUCUCGAGGGACCAUGGUCGGAGGUAUCCAAAGCGAUCCAUGAUUGUCAUGCUGCUGUCCAUGCGAAAGGUGCUCAAAGAAUCGCAACUGACAUACGUAUUGGUACUCGCACAGACAGAGAGAUCACACCCGGCACUGGAAACGAAGGAAAAUUGAAACGGGUAGAGGAUAUCUUGGCAGCAGAGAGAAAAUAG